AUGCUGAAGACCGAGCCAUCUCUCUCGAGUUACUGCGAAUCUGGAGAUGGGUUCACAGCCGAUGAACCGGUUACUGGAAUCGAGGAGAGUUUGGAGAGAACGGUUUCGAUUGGCGACUCGGUCGACGCCGACUUCACCUUUGCGAAGCACAACAUCGGUAGCUUAUCGGUCAAGAAAGAAGACGGUGAAGAGAUGGAGAAAGGGGUUUUUGAUAGAGAUGAAGAGGUUAUCAAGAAGAGAGUUGAUGAACAAAGUUUUGAGAUUGAAAGACCACCAAGCCCUCCUAUGCAUUUAGCUGCAGGGCUAGGUGUUGAUAAGUUCGAUUUGUACGGUAGUGAGAUCAGAUUCGAUCUACCGAGUUUCGACGAUGAGAAUUGUGAUGAUUACUACAAAAGAAUGAUCGAGGAGUAUCCGUUGCAUCCUCUGCUUCUCAAAAACUAUGCCAAGUUCUUGGAGUACAAAGGAGAUCUUAAUGGAGCAGAAGAGUAUUAUCACAAGUGUACUGUAGUUGAGCCUAGUGAUGGAAUGGCCUUAGCUAACUAUGGUAGAUUAGUGAUGAAGCUUCAUCAGGAUGAAGCUAAAGCGUCAAGCUACUUUGAACUCGCUGUUCGAGCAUCUCCUGAGGAUAGCAAUGUUCUUGCAGCAUAUGCUAGUUUCCUCUGGGAGGUGAACACUGAGGAUGAUGAUGAGGAUGAUGACCUAACCCGGCAAGGAAAAGAAGACUUUGAGCCCGAGGAAGCGGAAAAACGCAGCUCGAGGUUGUCCGAAACAGAAGAUGGAGAAACGCUGUGUAGAUAUGCGAAAGCGUUUUGGAAUAUUAACGGUGACCGUGAGAAGGCCCUCUUCUACUUCGAGAAGGCCGUUGAAGCCUCUCCAAAUGACAGCAUUAUACUUGGAGAGUACGCUCGGUUCCUAUGGGAAAUAGAAGAAUGA